GCGCGUUUCCUGACUGAAGUGCUGAACUGUCCCUCGCCGGCCGCCGUCGCAGCGCCUCCUCCGCGGUAGAGAUGGCUGAAGCCCCUCCACGGCCCUGCCUGUUCUUCUGUCACCGCUGCUCGGCGGAGAUCACACCGCGUUUACCGGACUACACAUGUCCACACUGUGAAUCUGGGUUUAUUGAGGAAUUGCCUGAAGAGAGAAGUAGUGACAAUGUGUCAUCAUCCAGUACCUCUGCCGGAGAUCAGAACCGCCCAUUUAUGGAGAACACGGACCAUCAACACUUAUUCACAUUUCCCACUGGAUAUGGACCAUUUGCCCUUGGUAUUUUUGAUGAAAACUUUGACCUUCGGACGCGAUUAUCCACAGAGGACAAUCGAGAGGCAGAAAACAGGAGAGAAAGGGAAAUGGCAUCACGGCAACGAUACAGUGCAAGGCAGCCCCGGGGUCGACAUGUACCUCGACGACAGGGAAUGCGCCACGAAGGCGUGCCCACAUUAGAGGGAAUUAUUCAGCAGCUAGUAAAUGGAAUCAUAGCACCUACAGCCAUGCCAAAUAUCGGGAUGGGACCAUGGGGUAUGCUACAUUCCAAUCCAAUGGAUUAUGCCUGGGGUGCCAACGGACUCGAUGCUAUCAUCACACAGUUAUUAAACCAAUUUGAAAAUACUGGUCCUCCUCCUGCAGACAGAGAAAGAAUAAAGAGUUUGCCAACAAUUUCCAUCACGCAAGAACACGUUAGUGCUGGUUUAGAGUGUCCCGUAUGCAAAGAAGACUACAGUGUCGCAGAGAGUGUUAGGCAACUACCAUGCAAUCAUUUGUUUCAUAAUGACUGUAUAGUACCGUGGCUGGAGCAGCAUGAUACGUGUCCUGUGUGCCGAAAGAGUCUUAGUGGACAGAACACUGCCACAGACCCACCAGAGUUAUCAGGAAUGAACUUCUCUCCCUCUUCCUCCUCUUCAUCCUCCCCAAGCUCCCCUAGUAAUGAGAAUGCUGCCAGCAACUCAUAGAUUUUAACCACCUGUAAACAUCUGAAAGCUCUACGCCAAGCUGGGACCCAACAUCUCUUCUGUGCAGCUCAGACCAAGACAGUUAUUGUCUCAGUUCUUGGGGACAAACUCAACUUUAGUCAUCAUUCCUCCCCCUGUGCUGCACAGAUGCUGGGUCCAGCUCCUGCUGCUAUUUUUACUGAGUAUGUGAGGAGUUUAGACUUAGUUGAAAGAGGAUCCAGAAAGGAUAUAAAAUAUAAUACAAGUGGGACUGGAAACUUGUCCUUGAAAUGUCUCCUUGCCAAAAGGUUAGGAUAUAUUUUAUAUUUAAAAGACAAAAUGCUCUUUUUAAAGAAAAAAAUAAAUAAAGAAGAACAACAAAAAACAAACAUUGCCUGUGGGGGUGCAGUUCAUUGAUGCAUUGAUUGAAAAUUAAUUCUGAAAUGUCAGCCACUGUACAGCUGACACUUCACACUAAGAUCCCCAAGGAGACAAAUGGACAUUUUGCAUUUUAGUUUUUUUCUUUUUUUAAUUUAUUUAUUAGCACAUUUUGUUUUGCACAGGAUUCUGCCUGAUCUGAGUGAAUGUGAGUAUUUGAAUAAUGUGAAUCUGAUAAACUACUGUAUAAAAACAUGAUUUUUUUUUUUCAAUUUUAGUCUUGGCAAUUAAUAAAUCUUUGAAGAUGUG